AUGGCAUCCACUACGUCUGCGUCGACUCCGCGUUCCACUCCGCCCUCGAUGCCCUCACCCUGCAGGUCUCCCGUCGUCGGUCCCAGGCCGUCGCGCCGCGUUCCACGCCUCAGCCUUGUCCCUACCAGUUUGAGCUUCACGGAGGACGUGGAGAAUGAGCUCGGCAAGCUCAUGACUAGUGGCUCGCCGCGCUCCGCCACCCGCUUCCGCGUCACGACCGAUAACCACCCGGACUCGCUGCCGCCAAGCCCACGCCGGCCUGCGCGCGCUUUGCAGGAGUCGGGCAACACGAUGAUGGCUCCUGUAUGGGAGGAGCUGGACGAAGGCAGCGAGGACGAGGGUGUUCAGCACGGCACGACGGUCAAGGAGCAGGAAAGGAGGCACGAGGCAGGUGAGGAGCUUGUUUCGCCACGCGUCUUCAAUUCUAGCAGCCAGACGAUUGGGUACACGCCCGGGAGCCCCCUGCGCCCCGCGCACUCGCUGAAGGAAAUGGGAGGCCUUUUGGACGAGUCGAUCACAGAAGAGGACGAGGAGGACAUCGCGGACGACGCAGAGUUCCAUCUGGACUACUCCGAGAUCGCACGGGAGAAAAGGCCCGGACUCGUUCAGGAGCGUGGCCGCCAUAUUUGUUCACAGAAGGGCCACUUUGCAGGCCGCCCCGUGGUCGAGCAGGAUGGCAGUCAUAACAUCGUGCAAGAGGGGACCUUCGGCAUUGGUCAAGAGGACUGCAAGGUCGGCGCGGGACAUCAAAACAAGGAGAAGAGGCCUGAUCCUCCGCGGCUACCAAUGGGAAUGCGCUGGCUGGAGACCAGGUAUGCGGACCGGCGCGGAUCCUCAAUCUUGCCUGUAGACAAUGACGGCGAGUCGUCGCCGACGCACAAGCUGAGGAUGCGAGGAAUGCUAUUGCGUAUGAGGGAUGACAUACCUGCGGCCAGCGGCGGGCCGCCAGCGCUCAAUCACGCUUUUACAGUGUCCAAGGAGCAAGGGUCCUCUGCGAAGGCGAAGGCGGUGCGAGGUGGACCCACUCUCGAACAUCCCAUAGUGAAAGCUGCGACGGAGCUUACCAAGGCGGUACCGCGCGCAGACGCGCCCACAGCGCUCGAGCCGUUGCGCUCUGCCAGCUGGAGACAACUUCAUUCUGCAGAGACAGACUCUUAA